AUGGCGCUUAAACAACAUACACGCGACGCCGUUCGUGAUACCACGCUUGGCUAUCUGCUUCGGGCCGCCUUUGGCUCUAGCAUCCUUCCGCAUCCUGAUGAGGAGAACUUCGAGGAGAUCUGGCGAAAGAGCGUACAUCGGGCCCAUCACGUUCCACCUCAGCACGAUCAACAUGGCGACCCUAAACAUGCUCACGACGAUAUUCGCGAGGAGACGCGUGAUGAGGUGCGCGUGGAGAAGAAAGGCGACAUUCGCGAAGAGAGGCGUGAAGUUGAUGAGCGCUCGCCUUCACAUCGCCGGUCGCGAGCCUCGGACGACGCGACGCUGAUCGACGAAGCCGAGCCGCACCCUUCCGAAGAUAAGCCCGGUCAAACAAAGGUGGACGACGGACCACCUCCGGCACCUCAGCGUGACGCCGAACUGCAUUGGGGCAGUCAGUCUCCAGACGUGACGCGCGAUACCGCGGAGAAUGGCGUGGACUUCCUGCUUGUGGACUGGUACUGCGAUGAGGACCCGGACAAUCCGCAAAACUGGAGUGACCGCAAGAAGGCUUGGGUCAUGUUCCAGACAUGCUUCCUGACCUUCUCUGUCUACAUCGGCUCGUCAAUCUACACAUCCGGCCUUCCAGGCGUCGAGCAGGACUUUGGCGUGAGCCAAGUCGCCGCGGUAUUGGGCCUAACGCUCUUUGUGCUUGGGUACGGGAUUGGACCUAUGCUUUGGGCACCCUUGAGCGAGGUCCCCCAGAUCGGUCGCAUGCCCAUAUAUGUUGGCACCCUCCUGCUCUUUGUCCUACUUCAGAUCCCGACAGCGCUUUCAGUCAACUAUGGCAUGCUCAUGGCUUUCCGAUUCAUCACUGGCUUCGUCGGCUCGCCGAUCCUCGCUACUGGAGGUGCGACAAUUGCGGAUAUGUACACGCCGCGUGCCCGCUCAUACUGGAUGGCCCUCUGGGGCGUCUUCGCUACUAUGGGUCCAAGCAUGGGUCCUCUCGUCGGAGGCUACGCUGCCGUCUUCGUCGGCUGGCGCUUCACCAUCUGGACUCUCAUGAUAUUUUCCGGCACUGCGCUGAUCAUCCUUGUUCUUUUCUACCCCGAGACGUCGGGCUCGAACAUCCUGUACCGCCGGGCCCUUCGCCUUCGCAAAGCUACGGGCGAUCGCCGUCUCAGGGCUCAGUCGGAAAUAGACUCGGCUGAGAUGACCGCGAAGGACAUAGCGCUCAUGGUGAUUGUGCGACCCAUCACCUUGAAUUUCCAAGAGCCGAUCAUCCUCUGCCUCAACGUAUACAUCGGCCUCGUCUAUGCCUUGCUCUACUGCUGGUUCGAGAGCUUCCCUCUCGUAUUCGGGGGAAUCUAUGGCUGGCCGGAGCAAAAUAUAGGUUUGGCGUUCCUCGGAAUAUUCGUUGGCUGUCUGGUCGUCUUGCCAUUAUACUACGCCUUCCUCUACUUCUACCAGGGUCCGCGGUACAACGAGAAAGGCGAGAUCCGACCAGAAGACCGCCUUCCAGCCGCCAUCAUCGGCGCUUUCCUGCUUCCAGUGUGUCUAUUCUUUUUCGGCUGGAGCGCAAGACCGAGCGUUCCCUGGAUUGUGCCCAUCAUUGGUUCAAGCUUCUUCAGCAUCGGCGCAAUGCUCCUCUUCAAUGCCGUGCUCAACUACCUCGCCGACGCAUACCCGGUCUACGCCGCCUCCGUUCUUGCGGGCAAUGACCUCGUGCGGUCUUCAAUGGGCGCGGCAUUUCCUCUGUUUGCCACGGCCAUGUACAGGAACCUCGGCAUUGGUUGGGCGAGCAGCUUACUCGGCUUCCUCGCGGUGGCAUUUAUCCCCAUCCCCAUCUUGCUGUGGGUCUAUGGCCAGCGCAUCCGUCUCGCCAGCCGGCGCGCACGUCACGACCUCAUCUCAUAG